GCGCCCGCAGUGCCUCGGAGUUGGGGGCCGGCACCGCCUCCCCACUCCAGAUGGGGCGCAUCUUCUCAGGGGGGUUAGGAAGGCCGGCGGGACCCGUGACACUCCGUUAGACUUACUCAGCUCGGAGAGCCGGCUCAGCCCCGCCUCCUCCACCCCUGCCCCGGGUUCCUAGUCACUGAGUGCUCGCGGGGUUACCGGGGCUGCGCCCCGUGUCGUGUGCCCGCCCCCAACGCUGGAUUUUCGCCUUUCAGCACCUUGUGAGGCGGACACCAUUAAGCCCAUUUUCCAGAGCGCCCAGACGACGGCGACAUGACGGCCGGGAGUCCCGGAGACUGCGGGGAGGUGCGGAGGAGCCCCGAGGGCCGCGUCUCUCGCCUGGGCCGCCGCCUGGGCCGCCGCCGGCGCCCGCGCUCCCCGCCCGAGCCUCUGCGGGUGCGGGCACGGCUGCGGCUGCGCUCGCCGUCGGCCAAUGCCAGCGCGCCCCCCCUGAGCGAGCUGCGACGCGAGGGUCGCGGCGCCGGCCGGGGCCACGGCCCGCACGAGCGGCUGCGGCUCCUUGGGCCCGUGGUCAUGGGCGUCGGCCUGUUCGUGUUCAUCUGCGCCAACACGCUGCUCUACGAGAACCGCGACCUGGAGACGCGACGGCUUCGCCAGGGGGUGCUGCGGGCUCAGGCGCUCCGUCCCCCUGACGGCCCCGGCUGGGACUGCGCCCUCCUCCCCAGCCCCGGACCCAGGACUCCCCGAGCCAUAGGCUGCACGGAGCCAGAAAGUUGGGACCUGUCCCCGCGUCGGGGUACCUCACCCGUCCCAUCAGUGCGGAGUCUGCGUUCAGAGCCUGCUAAUCCUCGCUUGGGGUUACCUGCCCUGCUCAACAGUUACCCGCUGAAGGGCCCGGGGCUACCCCCACCCUGGGGUCCACGGACCCAGACUGGCCAUGUGAUUAUCACCGUGCAGCCCUCUGGUUCCUGCAUUGAACAUUCCAAGUCUCUGGAUCUGGGUCUCGGGGAGCUCCUGCUUGGGGCCCCAGCAGCUCGAGACUGUGCUCACCGGAGCUGGCCACGGCUGGACCGCCUCAGUCUGGGGGGUUAUGCCAAGUUGGAAGGAGGAGGGGACUUGGGAGCCCGGGUUUGAAGAGCAGGGGACAGCCGGCUAGGAGGCUGCUGCAUGGACUGUGGGAACAGGACCAGAAGCCCCAAUGUCUCCUAGAAGCAUCAGCCGCUUCCCAGACUGGAGAUGGAUGCUCGGGCCCCAGCAGCUGCCAAGGCAUCUUGACUUGCACAUCGGCAGAGAAAUGCCAACUGCACAAGGGUUCGAUCAGCUGCAGAGAACGUGUUUUCAUGUGGAGACUGGAGACCAGCAUGACUCGGCCUCGGGAACUCUUUGAGCCUCCAAAAGUGGCCUUAGCCUUGGACGGGUAGCUGAGGGGGCCGGAGGUCCAGGUCAGGGUGAUUGGGAGAUGCAGCUAGUGUCUCGGCCGACCCAAAGUGGUGGGCAAGGACCCCUAAAGCUUGGAAGGUAGGUUGGCUGGGAUGUGACAGGCUGGGCCAGGCUCCCUCCGCGGUGGCACCGGUUGUGGGGUUGGGGGAGAUGGGCAAUGGGGUAGAGCUGAGACCAUCCACUGCCAUCUGGGAUGGGGACUGAGGCUCUAACUCCCACCACCUCAGCCCCUCUCUCCCCUCAGCCAUGCAGGGAACACCCCACUAGGGCUACACUACUGCCAAAGCCUUCCUCCUGAGGGUCCGGCCUCUCCCUAAACAGGUCUGAGAAGACCCCUUCUCUCCUUUGUCAUGGCCUGUGCUGCAAACUCUUCCCCCAGCUGGCAAAAAGCAUCUGCCAGUUCUCCUUUUAGACAGCGUUGAAGCUGCAUUUUGGCCAAUAUGGGUAGCUUACUUGAGAAAAGCGUCUUUUCUAGGGUCAAAAGUUUGGGUCUCCCUUACCCCAUGUUGAAUUUUUCCCAGGUUGCUGGUAGGAGAAGAGAACUUUAAAAGUUGAUCAAUUCUCACAGAUUCAGUCCUGAUUUGGGUUUUUUUUUAAAUUUAUUGAAAAAUGCAAUACACGAAGCAAGACCAAACACGUAACUAAACACUACAGCACUUCUCUUACUACAAAAGGCCAAAACAGCAGACCUAAUUAUUGCCUUUUUAAUCUAAGGAUUUUGCCAAUUUGAUUCUGCUGCCAUAGUUCCUAUUUUGUCAAGAAAUGUAAACAACUACUUGAUAGGAUUCAUAAUUUUAAAAAAAUUUACAAAGCUCCUUCAUUUUUGUCACCAAAAUAAUACAUUUGAGAGAGAUUUGUUAAAACAACCAGCCUGGGACUGAGAUCCUGGGCAGACCUUUCCCAUGAGCAUUCCUUGGUGUGGGUCAGGCCAGAGCUCUGGUGCACUUCCCAGGGCCGACACAUGUCCCUCCCCCUCGGCUGCCCUGCAGAACAUGCGAUGGGGGGGCCUGGGCAGGCGGGCGAAGAGGCCCCGAAAGGUCCCUGCAGCCAGGUUCUGUGGGCCCUUGGCUUAGAAAUUUAGGUCCUGCUUUGUGGGUGGGUGGGUGGGCGGGUGGCAGAGACCUCGUGUGGCUUGGAGGAAGUCUUUACUUCUCAAGUGAAAUAAAAAUAAAAUUGCAGUGAGACUUGUUACUGUGGUGUGUCUGAGUCACUUCAGGAAAACUGCUGCCAAGUCUCUGACCCUGGAAAUGAAGCUCUCUCCUCCCC